AAAUAUCACCUUCACAAGCUAAGCUUAUUGCUAUUUGCUAGUAGCCAAUUUUUACUAAUAUCAUGAUUGUUGGAUUAUUUAAUUAAUUCCCCUUCAAAUCAUUGACUUGCUCUCUCCUUUAAAUAUUUCAUCUCACCACAUUUCUUCCUCUUUAUAUCUAUCUCUGCCCUUUGAGUUCUGACUAUUAAUACAUAACAUGAUAGAUAAGUACUACUUAAGAUUCCGAAAACAUCACCAAAAACCCAGAAGAGUUCAGCUCUCGUGUUCUUAGUGUCAUUCCAUCGAUCUUCAUCUUCAUCGGCAUGGAUUAUUCAACAGGAAAAUCUCCAAGAAGAGAGCUUCAACUCCAAGGUCCACGUCCAACGCCUCUCAGGAUACACAAAGACUCUCACAAGAUCAAGAAACCUCCAGUUGUACCACAACCGUCACAACAACCAAACCAGCAGCAGCAGCCCCAUCACUACCAGCAGCCACGUCAGCCGGUCAUAAUCUACACGGUGUCCCCGAAGGUCAUCCACACAAACCCUAGCGAGUUCAUGGACCUUGUCCAACGCCUCACCGGCUUACGACGAUCAAAUUCUUCAACUACAUCUUCUUCACCGCCUAGUAAUAACAAUAUUAAUCCUCUGAAUCACGAUAACUAUAAUAACCCUCCAGCUCAUGAUGAUCAAGGGAUGAAGAAAAGCAGUACUGCUCAAGAUGUUGUGGAAGAAAUGGAAAUAAUGGAUGACGGUGGUGUGAAAAAGGGUUUGUUUCCGGGGAUCUUGUCACCAGGGCCCGCUUCACUUACUCCAAUUCCGUCAAACUUCUUCUCUCCGCCGGCUGAUAGCUUCUUUCAUGAUUUGAGCCCCGUGCUCUAUGGCAACAGGAACUUCAUAGAAGGUAGCUUCAUGCCUAGUCCUUCAAACUUCUUUUCCCCUUCUACAUCCAUAGACUUAUUCAACAAUUUUCCAUAUUUAUAGUUUUUUAUUUAUUUUCUGUUAUCAAAUUCUUUUACUUCAAAGAAAGAAUGGGAACUAUUGUAGAAGAAUUAUUCAGAGAUGUGGAUUUCUCUUGGUUUCUUGAGGUUCUCCUUUACUUUUUUUUUUUUUUUCCUUUUUCGGAGAGAUGGGGAGUUGAAUUUCAUUGGUGAAGAUAAUAGAGUAUUAAGGGACCGAGCUGGAAUUUUGAUUUUCUUUUUGGUGGGAAGGCAGGUGGGAAAGUUAAUGAAUAUAAUAGGUUGAUUAAUACUGUGGACCAUAAGAUGGAGAGUGCCUAGCUCUCAUAUAUCUUAUGACCCAUCCUUUUUUUUUUUUUAUAUACCAUGUCUUGUCAUGUUCCUUUGGAAUGUAAUUUGCAACACAUAUAUAGUUGACCUUUCUCAUUGCUCUUUUCA